AUCAGUUUAUAAUCUGUUCUCGAGCGUAAUUGUUGUUUAGUUUAGAGUUAAGUGUUAGUACCGGACUUCUUGUUUGUGUGUUUGUGUUUGCUUGUACAUCAUCGUUUUCAACAAAAUUCACGCAGAGAUGGCUGCAUGCGAAUAAUGCGAGAGCAAGUGAGACGGAAAUUCAAGUGAGAAAUCGACCAACAAAUUUUAGUAUUUUGUUGCCUUUAUGUAAAUUCCAUAAAAAAUUAAUGUGGAUUACUGUUCAAAAGUUAAAGUUUUCAUUAAAAUGGAAUUGAAUUCCACAAAGAUAAAAUAGUGCAUGUCGGAUAAAUGGAAAAGCCAAACCAAAAUCAAAUUCAAUUGGGGCUUCAACAACCAGUCAGUCAGCCCUACCAUUAGUGUGCGUGUGUGUGUAUAUCGUUUUAGGUUAAAGGAAACAAAAAAAAAAAACAAAUCAAAAUUAAAACCAAUUGUUGAUUAUGGAAAUAAAUUAGUCUAAGUAAAAAUAAUGUUAAAAAAUAAUGCUCAUCAUUACCAUCGUCAUGAUUAACAACAACGAAAUGAAUGAAAGUUGAGAGAAGCAAAAAGUAAAGUGGUAACAGCACAACAACAAUAACAUAAAGGCAUACCCAUACGAAACUCACAUUCUCUCAAACAUACUUCCAAACGAACGAUUUAUUACUACUGACACCAUCAGUCCGCCGACUGACCAACUACUUACUCUGUAUAUAACCAGUUCUAAAUGAGAAAGUGUAUAUUUUAUGCUGUUGCUGUUUGAAAAAAGCUAAACGUAAAAAAUCCAAGAACAUGCAGUUGUGCUCAUACUCUUACACACAAAGGCAAUUAGUUAAAUGCAAAUAAACAAACCUUUUGAAGUUAUCGAAGAAUUUGAAUAACAGAAAUUCCUUCCUCAAAAGCACGAACGCCCCACGCACUCAUUCAUGUGCUAACGGUGUGCCUCUUGCGAAACAAAGAAUACUCUUCGGUUCUCAAUGAUUUGAAAUCGAAACGAAAUACAUUCGGGAUAGUUAAACAAACUAAAAAAAACAAAACCGCAACAUAAUAUAAUGCCGUCAUUAAUAUUAAAACCGUCAUCGUUCUCGGCGUUAUUGGACCUACAACAACAAAAAAACUACCACUACCACAACCAACACCUACACUGCAAUCAAUCACAGCCUAGAGGAGAGAAACAACGAAGAACGACAAUAACAAAACAAAUAUCAGCAACAUCAGAACCAACAAAAACAAAUUUGGCCAUGUCUGCCACCAACAUCCACACCACCACCACCACUAAUACUGCGACGACGAUAAAGUAUGCGUCAGCAAAUCAUGAACAAAAUGACAGCCAACUUGGUGCAACAACGAACAACAUCUAUAGCACUAACAACAAGAACAACUACAGUAGUACAAGAUCAUAUCGGAGCCUGACCACAACAGCAACAACACUGCCAUGGCUUUGUUGUGUUUUGAUGUUUCUUCUCCUGUCAAUGGAAUCGCCUUUUGUUGCGGCCACUUCCAAAGAAGCUUAUUUCAAUGGAUCAGCAUACCUGCGUUUGUUAUCUCCAAUGCCUAUAUGGGAUCAUUCGGCCAUCAGUUUUCGCUCUUGUCGAGGUGGUGAAAUUUUGGCCCAGCAAUACAAUAAGAAUUCGAUUGUCAUCUCUGUGAUAAAUGAUUUCCUGCAAAUCUCUCUGGCCGGUCCGGCGGUGAUAGGACCCAACAAUCGAGUGGACGUCAAGUACUCAUACCAUUUGCUGGACAACAGAUGGCAUACGCUACAAUUCAAAUAUGAAUAUGGCAAUUUACUCCUGUUCAUCGACCGCGAGUCCAGACUGUUUGCUAAUUCCACCUAUAACAGUCAGUUCCUCACCAACCAGGAUAUAGGCAAUGAGGCUGCCAUCUUAAUUUUGGGCAACUCAUUUACGGGCUGUUUGCAAGAUGGACCUGGUCUGCAGUUCAUCAAUGACUCCAUGACGGUACAGAAUGCUGUGUUCGGUCCGUGCCCCUUGGGCAGUGGCCCCUGUUCAGAUCAUGACAUUCCGCUGAGGAAUCAAGACUUUUGCGCCAACGACCCCUGCAUGGGCUAUGGCCAGUGCAUUUCCCAUGCCGAUGGAUAUGAGUGUCGCUGCACUGCCCGGUAUUCGGGGAAAAAUUGUCAAAUGGAUAAUGGUUCGCCUUGCGAUCGCAAUCCUUGCUCAAAUGGCGGCACCUGCUUCGAAGACAGCCGCGGAGACUACCAAUGCAUUUGCAAUCCCAAUCACACUGGGAAACACUGUGAGACUGAAAUAAAUAUUAACCCCCUGUGCCAGAUCAAUCCGUGUCUUAACAAUGGUGCCUGUGUGGUGGCUGCUGGCAGCAACUCCAUUGAGUGUGAGUGCCCCAAGGGGUAUACAGGCAGUCAUUGCGAAAUCGACAUGGACGAUUGUGCCUCCCAACCGUGCCAAAACAAUGGAAAAUGUGUGGAUAAGGUCAAUGGAUUUUUCUGCGAUUGCACCAACACCGGAUUCCUGGGACCGCUGUGCCAAACAAACAUCGACGAAUGCGAUAUGAAGCCCUGCCGUAAUGGCGGCAAAUGCUUCGACACCAAUGGCUGGUACAUCUGCCAAUGUAUGGAGGGCUGGGCCGGGGAGGUCUGCGAAAAGCCCAUCAGUUGCAAGACCCAGCAGUGUCUAAACGGCGGCACCUGCAUCGACAAGCAAAUUGGUAUGCACUGUCUGUGUCCCCCAGGCUUUUCUGGAGAACUCUGCCAACAAGGACCGCCGCCCUGUCCUCAGUGUCCCAUCGAUUCGGAAUGUGUAGCAGGGAAAUGCGUCUGCAAGCCAGGAACCUCAGAAGCUUCCGAUUCACCCGCUUCACAUGAAAAUCAGGUGGUAGCAGUGCCGCAAUGCAAUGGCGGCAAAAGUAAGCGUUACAUACCGCCGGAGUGGCUUAAGAAGAAGAGAUGUGAGCUAAAAAUGAGCCCUAUAGGUCAUUGCAUCCCUGUAGAGAGUACCACUAUAAUGCCAACUGCACCACCUACGCUUGUCGUGAGUAGUAGUGCGUCGUCGCCUGUAGUAAACAAUCAACAGUCAUCCCGAUCGGCUCAAUUGAAUGCAUGCUCCUCUGACAAAUGCUUAAAUGGCGGCACUUGUCAGGGCUUUGCCACAAACUAUACAUGUAUCUGUGCCCUCGGAUUCAAAGGUUUCAAUUGUGAGCAGCCCACCACGGAUGUGACCUCCAGUAUAGCUGCUGUGGGAACUGGCUGCAAAUGUCUGAAUGGUGGCACCUGCUCGUUGAAUGGCACCCACUGUUAUUGUCCCACCGGCUACUCGGGCGAUCGAUGUGAGAAACUAGAACCUUGUACCCUAAACAAUUGCCAAGAACCCAUGAUUUGUGCUCAGAACAAGUGCAUAUGUCCCCAGGACAAGGUGUGUACUCAGUGUGCCUCUCAGCCUUGUCGCAAUGGCGGCAUGUGCUCGGAUCUUCCCAACGGCGACUACGAGUGCAAGUGCCCCGCUGGCUGGACGGGUCGCAAUUGUGUGAAGGACGUCGACGAAUGUGCCAUAUCGCCCAAAAUUUGUGGCAAUGGCAUCUGUAAGAACGAAGAGGGAUCCUACAAAUGCUAUUGUACGCCCGGUUUCACAGGAAUCCAUUGCGAUUCCGAUGUGGAUGAGUGUUUGAGUCACCCCUGCCAGAAUGGAGCAACGUGUCACAAUAAGAUCAAUGCUUACAAAUGCGUUUGCCCUGCCGGUUACAAGGGUCUUAACUGCGAAAUCGACAUUGAUGAGUGCGCAAGUAAUCCGUGUUUCAAUGGUUCCACUUGCAUAGAUUUGAUCAACAAUUUCACCUGCUCCUGCAUACCCGGAAUGACGGGGCGCUUUUGUGAAAUCGACAUCGACGAUUGCAUAUCGGGACCAUGUCAGCACAAUGGCAUUUGCAUCGACGAAUUGGGUGGCUUCCAUUGCAAUUGCAGCUCGACCGGAUACGAGGGAAGAUAUUGCGAAUCGAACAUAGACGAGUGCGCCACUAACCAAUGCACCAAUGGUGCCGAGUGCAUAGACCAAGUCAAUGAUUACUUCUGCAAAUGCUUCCCCGGGUUUCGAGGCAAAAACUGUGACAUUGAUAUUAACGAGUGCGAAAGUAAUCCGUGUCAGUUCAACGGCAUUUGCCUGGAGCGUUCCAACAUGACAUUAUACGCCUUGAGUCAAACCAUGGACUUGCCCAGUGUUUUCAGUCAGCCUUUUAGUUUCCAAAAUGCCAGCGGCUAUGAAUGUGUUUGUGUGCCUGGCAUAGUGGGCAAGAAUUGUGAAACCAAUAUCAACGAGUGUGAAAAUAAUCGUUGCGGCAAGCACGGCACCUGCAAUGAUGGGAUUGGCACCUAUACAUGCGAAUGUGAUCCCGGAUUUGAGGGUACCUAUUGCGAAAUCAACAUCGACGAAUGUGACCGCUAUAGUCCAUGUGGCGAUCACGGCACUUGCAUUGAUCAAGUCAACGACUACGAGUGCGAUUGUGAUGCCAUGUAUGGGGGCAAGAAUUGCUCGGUCCCUUUGAUAGGCUGCUUGAGCGCACCCUGUUCGAAUGGUGGCAUCUGCAAACCAUAUUUGGUUAACGAAACCGAGCAUCUCUUCAACUGUUCCUGCCAACAUGGCUUCCAGGGCUAUACCUGUGAGAAGACAACCACCAUAUCGAUGGUAGUCAGCAGCCUAAUCACGGUUAAGACGCAACGAGAGGAAGGCUAUGACAUAAAUCUCCAGUUUCGCACCACCUUGCCCAAUGGGGUAUUGGCCUUUGGAACUUCGGGGGGCCAAAAUGAACCGGUCAGCUACAUAUUGGAGCUCAUCAAUGGGCGGCUAAACUUGCACUCGUCUCUGCUGAAUAAAUGGGAAGGGGUUUUCAUUGGGUCCAAUCUGAAUGACAGCAACUGGCAUAAGGUGUUUGUGGCCAUUAAUACCUCGCAUUUGGUUCUAUCGGCAAAUGAUGAGCAGGCCAUAUUCCCCGUAGGCUCCUACGAGACUUCGAAUGGCAGUCAGCAGCCCUCAUUUCCACUGACCUACUUGGGUGGCACCAUUCCCAACUUGAAGUCAUACCUAAGACAUUUGACCCACCGUCCGUCGAGCUUUGUGGGUUGUAUGCAGGACAUUGUUGUGAAUGGCAAAUGGAUUUUCCCCGAGGAACAAGGCUUGGAUAACGACACCAAGUUAACCCACAUACAAAGUGGAUGUCCCCGAACCGAGCAAUGUAAUCCGAACCCCUGUCAUUCAAAUGGCAAGUGUACAGAUCUGUGGCAUACUUUUGCCUGUACCUGCCAACGGCCCCAUUUCGGAUACACUUGCAUAUACAAUAUAACGGCUGCCACCUUUGGCCAUGAGAACACCACACACUCCGCCGUUAUUGUGGAAACCAAUGAUGUUGCCCGACGAGCCAUUCGGUCAGUGCUAGAUAUUUCCAUGUUCAUACGAACAAGGCAACCGACAGGUCAGGUGUUUUAUCUGGGCAGUGAUCCACGCAAAGGCAAAGGAGCCGGUAAGCAGACCGAGCUUUUUCGACAACUAUUUUAUUUGUUAAUUUUGGAUUUUGUUUCAGAUGCAGGCAGUUCGUAUGUGGCUGCAAAACUACAAGGUGGAGAGUUAUUGGUCCGCAUGCAAUUCAAUGGAACGCCCGAGGCAUACACUGUGGGUGGAAAUAAACUGGACAACGGCUAUAACCACUUAAUUGAAGUAGUGCGAAAUCAAACGUUGGUGCAGGUCAAGCUGAAUGACACAGAAUACUUCCGCAAGACAUUGUCUUCGACUGGUCUGUUGGAUGCACAAGUCCUGUAUUUGGGUGGCCCGGCUCCUACCACACCCCCAACUGAAGCACCUAUAGUGGCCGGCAGUGAGGUGGGAACGACGGAAUAUGCCACCAUAAAGCCUGAAGAUUACUUCAAGGGUAUUAUACAAGAUGUUAAGGUUAGCAACGGCUCCCACACAAUGAUUGUGGAGCUAUAUCCCUUGGAGGAAGAAGAUUUAGCCUUGCCACCUUCCUUCGGUACCAUAACAAUAGAUAGAACAUCAGUAUUAAAGGGAGAAGUUUCCGAUGACUUGUGUCGCAAGAAUCCUUGCAGGCACAAUGCCGAAUGCCGCAACACCUGGAAUGACUACAUAUGCAAGUGUCCAAAUGGCUAUAAGGGCAAGGACUGUCAGGAGAUAGAGUUCUGCCAAUUGGUGACAUGCCCUGGAAACAGUAUUUGUCAAAAUCUCGAUGAUGGCGGCUACGAAUGUCUAACCAACAUCACAUUUAGAGGCAACGAAAAGGCUCCGCUCUCCUUCUCGUUUUACAAGGAACCGCAUCUGGCGGAGGAAACAAAGCCCAAACUUAAGCCCGUCAUUGAAAUAGCUUAUCGCACUCGUGCAGGCGGCACCCUGCUGUAUUUGGAGAACCAAGAUAGUUUCUUUGAAAUAGGUGUCAACCAAGGCCAAGUAACGGUUACAUGGAAGUUCAAUCAGGAUCCCUUGGGUGAUACAAAACGCUUUAGCAAAGACAAUUCCGAUGGCAUUGAAUGGAGUCGAAUAUUUUUGAGGGCUCAAAAUGGCAAACUGGAAGGGGGAUGGAAGGGCUGGGAAAGUAUGGUCGACCCUUCACCCUCCUUCUCGGCGGACAUUGAUAUCCACGCUUUUGAGGAGCUGAUAUCAAGUGGUGCUCAGGUUUAUUUGGGCGGCAUGCCCACAGAAAGUCAUCAGUCGCGUGGAACUCUAUCAUCACAACAAGGCUCCCAGUUCAAGGGCUGCCUGGGAGAAGCUCGUGUGGGAGAUUUGCUAUUGCCCUAUUUUACCAAUGACGAAAUGUAUCCCCGAACCGAGAAUGUGUCCGUACAACCCAGUGUACAAUUUCGUUUGAAUUCCACAAGACCCGAUGAAGGAUGCAUUCUUUGUUUCAAGAGUGAUUGUAAAAAUGGCGGAUUCUGCAGCUCUCCCUCCGAAAGCUAUGCCUGUACCUGCCAGGCCGGGUACGAUGGCAAUGACUGCUCGAAUGACAUUGACGAAUGCGCCACAGCGAUGUGUGAGAACAACUCCACAUGUAUUGACAAGGUGGCCGACUUCUUCUGCUCCUGUCUGCCGGGCUACGAUGGACGCUUCUGUGAGAACAACAUUGACGAGUGCCUAGACGAGCCUUGCCACAAUGGGGGCAAUUGUACAGACCUUAUAGCAGCCUUUAAGUGUGACUGCACAGAUGACUAUGCUGGACCUCAGUGCGACAUUCUAAAGCAGGUCACGUGUGAUAAUAACCCAUGUAAAAAUGGAUCAACGUGCCAGGAUAAAUUUAAUUCCCAAACGGGCAAUAAUUUCACAUGUACCUGUAUGCAAGGCUAUGAGGGGCCUCUGUGUGACACUCCCUUUUGCGAGGUAAAACCAUGCGAGCAUGGUGGUCUUUGCAUUAUAUCAGAAUCAAGGACCCCCAUUUGCCAAUGCAGUUUGGGUUACACCGGACCUCUGUGCGAAAGCGACAUCAACGAGUGCGAAUCGAAUCCCUGCUUCAAUGAUGGCAUUUGCACCGAUUUGGUUGGCGGCUACUCUUGCAAUUGCACUGAGACCGGUUUUGAGGGCGACAACUGCGAAAUCGACAUCGAUGAAUGUGCCAUGAGCGUAGAGUAUUGCGGCGGUCUCGGUAGAUGCAUCAAUCUGCCGGGCACCUUCAAGUGUAUAUGCCAAGACUCCUUCUGUGGGGCCUACUGCAACUUUACGGACCCCUGUAAACAGUCCGAUGUGCAGUUGUGCAUGAACGGCGGUACCUGUCAAGAAGCCUGCGGCGAUGAAGCAGACUACACUUGCAAUUGUACCGACGGCUACACUGGCAAAAAUUGCACAGUGCUGAUAACCGCUAAAGAGGAGCCCAGCACAGCGGACAUUGCCAUUAUAGUUAUACCCGUUGUUGUGGUCCUGCUGCUCGUCUGUGCCGGUCUACUGGUAACUUUUCUGGUUAUGGCACGCAACAAGCGCGCCACCCGGGGCACCUACAGCCCCAGUGCUCAGGAAUACUGCAAUCCCCGUCUGGAAAUGGACAAUGUGUUGAAACCCCCACCUGAAGAAAGGCUCAUUUAGUCAUAAAGUCACAUACAAGUGUUACUUACGUAUUUAUUUAAAUCAUUCCUAAUGCUAAUGUUCUAGAUCCUAAUGUACAUCUCUCAAUUGAUGAACAAUUCAAAAACAUUCCGCCCAUUUUCUAGAAAAUUUAUCCCUUUCUAAUAUACGUCUAACGAUACAUAUUUACAUACCUACUUAGUAUAACUGCAAGUUUCGAAGAAAAUUUCAUUAGUUAUUCCCUCCUCUAUUCCAUAAUGUAUUGAACGUGAAGUACUACUCGAAGAGUUGUCGUUCAAGUCAAAAUGACUUAAUAAACUUUUUGUAUUUUGUUAAGCUCGCCUCAAAGAAAA